AUUCUGAUUCUACGCGUAGUUUGCGUGGUUCAUACUUUCUAAAGGAAUGCAAUAAUAAAGAGUAGUAUGAAGUUUGAUACAGUUUGGUUUGUUAUUUCCUUAUUUGUGGAGUAAAUUCAACAGAGCUCAUCUUAGUUUGCUUGCAAUUUUGAUCAUUUUCUAAAUGAACACCUAUAAGAUUUUUUGCCAAGACAGAGGUCAGCAAAACCUUGGAUUGGUGAAUGAUAAUAGUUUUCAAUGUAAUACCCAAUCUUCUCAGUUCUUUGCUACUCCCCAACAGCCUUCUCAAAUGGGAAUUUGCAGUCAGACACUAGCAAUGGAGGAGGGAGGAGGUUCACAACAGCAAAACUUUGGUCCUCCUCCUAACUCCUCUAGUACCAUUGUGAGCCGUAUCGGCUCACCAGCUUCUGCUUUCUAUGCAACUGAAAGGUACAUGGGGUUUCCACAGUAUGAUGAUCAAGUUGGUAGUUCCUAUUUGAGCCCCCAAGUCUCCAAGAACUAUGAUCUGCAGCACCAAAUUCCUUCUUAUCAAUCUUCCGCGGACGAAUUUUAUAUUGAUUCGCGAGAGCAAGUAGACCAAAGCUUUCAAUCCCAGACUGCCCUGCACCAACCAUCUGUUAAAUCUCAACUCUAUAGCAACCAGCACUGCAAUUCUUAUGGAGGAUCCUACAAAAUUCCUCGUGUGGAUCAUCCUGAGAGCGAACGUGUUUUGCAGCACAAGAGAGAGUUGCGAGGCAAUCUUGAAAAUUCAGAUAGGAGGCACCCUUCAAUUCAGUUUGUUCAAACUCAGGAUCCUAGAGUUUGUAGUGAUAUGUAUGGUGUUACUUCAUUUGGACAGAUGAGACAGCCUGCAAGACCUUCUGCAAGUGUUCCAAUUGCUUCUGGUGACUCUGUUCCUACCGGAGCUGUUAACUCAUGUAAAACACGAAUUAGGUGGACUCAAGAUCUUCAUGAUCGGUUUGUUGAGUGUGUGAGUCGCCUUGGUGGUGCUGAGAAGGCAACACCCAAAGCAAUACUGAAGCUUAUGGACUCUGAUGGAUUGACUAUAUUUCAUGUGAAAAGUCAUUUGCAGAAAUAUCGAACCGCAAAAUACAUGCCAGAAUCUGCUGAAGCAAAAUCUGAUAAAAGGACUAUUUCUAAUGAUGUAGCACAGAUUGGCAUAAAAACCAGUGGCAUCCAAAUCAAGGAGGCACUUCAAAUGCAGCUGGAUGUCCAGAGGCGUCUUCACGAGCAAUUAGAGACACAGCGAAACUUGCAGUUGAGGAUUGAGGAACAAGGGAGGCAACUCAAGAUGAUGUUCGACCAACAACUACAAACAAAUAAGAGCCACUUUGAUAUUCAGGAUUCGAAUAUCGAAUGGCCAGAUGAUCCACCAACCAGUGUUGAAGAUUUACAAGUACUGAAUACAGAAGAUUCAGGAAAUAGUCUAUUCCCAUCCAAGAUAAGUUAGCUGCCAUAUAGCAUCACAGCUGAUCUAUUUUCAUAAACAUAAAGCAGUCAUUGGGUUCUGACAAGAGCUCACUCCCAACGACAUUAUCAAGAACCACACUUGCUGCUUGGUCAAGAAAAGUAAAGAAAUGUAUUUACUCCAAUCCUAGAGCAAAUCUGAUGAAUGUAUUUUAGACUCAAAUGAGACAAACAAUUGAGUGGCACUCAUACAUAAUACCAACUAGCUAUAACUCACUUCAUCUUAUACUUGCCUUGGGGAUACAGUGUAUUGCAUAGGUCUUAGUGUUCAGUUAAAGGUUUUGUGACAAUGUAAGAAUAAUGGCUUCAAAUGGAAACAGUGUACUUGGUUUGGUUUUUUUCCCAUUCCUCCUGUUCUGGUUUUUCUUCUUAAAGGGAAUGUUUUCUUUACGUUUCUGA